UGCCUUAUAUUCAUCUGCUCUCGGAGCCAUUUGGUGUGAAUUUGGUGCGACUUACCAGACUCGAACAAGAAAACCAUACAGAGAAAUAUUUGAACAACUUCUGCUCAGAAAAGCAAUGGAUCUAAUAAUAAAGGGAUUCGAUGGAAUCACAAAACAUCUGACUGUUGACUGGAAUACCACAGUUGGUCACCUGAAGCAGCUAAUUUUGCGUGACUUCAGUGUGGACCCUUCUCAACAGAAGCUGUCUGCAAAUAACGGUCAUCGGAUCAGCCUUGACGAUGAUGGCAGAAGCCUCAGUAGUUAUGGUUUGCACUCUGGAUCCACAAUAGCGCUCCUGAUCAGGACCCCUGGACCCAUGCAGGUGUUUGUCAAGAACGUGAAGGGCGAAACAAGUACCUACGACGUUGGUGUCGAUGAGACCGUAUCUCAGCUCCAGACUAAAAUCUACAAUAAAGAGAGAACCCCGGUGGACCAGCAGAGGCUCAUUUACGGCGGUAUCCAACUGGAGGCGGGCAAGAUGCUUCGGGAUUACAAAAUCACAGCUGGAAGCACCAUUCACAUGACACUUCGUCUCCGAGGAGGAUAAUGGACAAGUCUGACUUAGAUAAAACCUUAUAGUCCUGCUGAUACUGAACUGUUCAUUCUGAAAUAACUAAACAAGGCAAUGAUUUCAUCGCUUUGAAAAUAAUAAUAAUAUGUUUAUAGUUAUUAUUUGUAAUAUUAAAAUAUUUUGUCUUAAUGUAAGUGCUGUAUUCCUGAUUCCUGCACGUAUUGUAGCCUACAUGUAUUGUAUCUUUAUUUUUUUACUGAUAUUUUGAGUUUUUUGUUUCAUUGUUAAUAAAAUUAUAAAAGCUCAAACGA